GGACGAGCCACACCUCCUCUCUCUUCCCGGGGCUGCGUUUAGAUUCGCCGGAACACCGUGUUCCCGACUUCUGCUUCCGGGUUGGAGCAAUGGCUGUGGCAAAUUCUAGCCCUGUCAACCCUGUAGUGUUCUUUGAUGUCAGCAUUGGUGGUCAGGAAGUUGGCCGCAUGAAGAUAGAGCUCUUUGCAGACGUUGUGCCUAAAACAGCGGAGAACUUUAGGCAAUUCUGCACUGGAGAAUUCAGAAAAGAUGGGGUUCCAAUAGGAUACAAAGGGAGCACCUUCCAUAGGGUUAUAAAGGAUUUCAUGAUUCAGGGUGGCGAUUUUGUUAAUGGUGAUGGUACUGGAGUCGCCAGUAUUUACCGGGGGCCAUUUGCAGAUGAAAAUUUUAAACUUAGGCACUCUGCUCCAGGCCUGCUGUCCAUGGCAAACAGUGGUCCUAGUACAAAUGGCUGUCAGUUCUUUAUCACCUGCUCUAAGUGCGAUUGGCUGGAUGGAAAGCAUGUAGUGUUUGGAAAAAUCAUUGAUGGACUUCUAGUGAUGAGAAAGAUUGAGAAUGUUCCCACAGGCCCCAACAAUAAGCCUAAGCUGCCUGUGGUGAUCUCACAGUGUGGGGAAAUGUAGUUCAGACCAAGAAUGAACCAGACAGGGUCGUGCUGUUGCCCAGGGAGUGCAGUGGCACCAUCAUAGCUCACUGCAACCUUAAAUUCCUAGGCUCGUGCGAUCUGCCACCUCAGCCUCCUGAGUAGCUGGGACUACAGUGUUUACCACCACGCCUGGCUAAUUUUUCUGUUUUUUGUAGAGAUGAGGUCUUGCUAUGUUGCUUUCAGUUUGGUGUCAAGUAAUCUGGCCUCAAGUGAUCCUCCCUCAUUGGCCCCCCAAAGUGCUGUGAUUAUAGGCAUGAACCACUGUGUCCAGAGGUCUUUACUACUUCAGAUCAUAAUGUUUUCUAUGUUUUUUCUAAUAUUUCUUAUAGUUUUAUUUCUAUACUUAUAAAGUUAUAUAGAACCUGUUUUUCUAUGUGAUGUUAAGAUGAGACUGUUGUCCUUUUUCCAAAUGGCAAUCUAGUUAAGUAUCAGAUGAUCUCAAUGACUGCACACACCCUAAUUAUGACUUACUCUGUGUUGAGAAUAUCUGGCACUUACAGGCAUUCAAUAAAAAUUUAUGAUAUGAAUUAGUAGAAUGUCAGGCAUUUUAGCCUGUGAAGUGUGAGCAAAUGCUGAGGCAGGAAUGCACAAGUGUGUGCUGGGAACUGCAUGUGGACUUUUCUUGUCCAGCCAGAUAGUCCCUCCCCAGGCCCGCGUGACACCUAAGCUUUUUUAAAAACAAUAGAAAUUCUUUAUAUUUGGGACGUCUUUUCUGUACUUUUCAGAGUUGUUUACAGAAAGUUACAGAAGUCCUUGUUGGAGGCUUUAUUUCUCGGGUGGGAUUGUCAACCCUUGCCUCCUCCCGCACUAUUAGCAAAAGUUACGUGAACUUCUCCCCCAAGAAAGCCCCUCUUCUCAUCCUGCAAUUCAAACAAAACAGAUUCCUCAGGUGACCAUUUUACAUUUCAGAGGCUCCCUACACCAGGACUGUCCAACAAUAGUCCUUUGAUGAUGGAAAUUCUACAUUUCCACUGUCCAGUACUGUAGCCACAAGCCACCUGUGGCCGUUGAGCACUUGAAAUAUGGCUGGUACAAGGGAAGAACUGAAUUUUUAUUUUUAUUUUUUUGAGACAAGAGUCUCACUCUUGUCACCCUGGGCAGAAUGCCAUGGCAUUAUAUCUCAUAGCAACCUCAAACUUUUGGGCUCAAGAGAUCCUCUUGCCUCAGUGUCCUGAGUACCUGAGACUAUAGGUGCCUGCCAUAACACCAGGCUAGUUUUUUUCUAUUUUUAGUAGAGAAUGGGUCUCACUCUUGCUCAGGCUGGUCUUAAACUCCUGAGCUCAGGCAAUCCACCUGCUUCAGCCUCCCAGGGUGCUAGGAUUACAGGCAUAAUCACCACCAUGCCCAGCCAAGGACCAAAUUUUUAAUUUUAUUAAAAUUAAAUUUAAGGAGCCACACGUGGCUAGUGGCUACUGUAUUGGAUAAUGAGCUCUAAACUUAAGUACCCCCAAUUCAUUCUCCUUACCCUGACUUGCUCAGAAUUGCAAGACAUGACAAAUAUUUAGUGACACCGUAAUAAAAGCAGUUAUCAUUUAUUGGCUACUUCUUAUGCCAAAUAUUGAGUUAAAGAACUUUAUUUAAACUAUAUCAUUUUACUUUACCAGAAAUUGCUGUCAUAGAGUCGGAACCUAUAAGAGUGUGCAACUUUUUUUCUUCUCUGCUAUACAUUAAAAGAAUUGUUGUCUUGGACUACACAUUAAAUACACAAACACAAACACUGAUGAUCAUAAAAAGGGUACAUGCAUAAGUUUUGAGAUAUCUGACACCACAGAGAAGCAAAACAGUCCUCACAUAAUCCAACUGCUGACUGUAGGUUGGACACUCCUGUUAAGUGUUAAAAAAUCUGGAUAGCAGUCUGGUAUAAAUGGGUUUUGAAGGUAGGUCCCUAUUUUGGGCUUCUGAAUAAUGUAAUUUGGGAAAAUAAGGAAAGAGGAGAUUAAUUAUCAAGGGAAUAGGGGUCUGGAGGGCGGGAGAUGGUAUUUUUUCCCAAACACCAACUUGACCCAGAAGGGAAAGUGGUAUUACCCAUCAUUUUUCUUCCUAGCAUUAAAGUUAUGGGCAUCUCUAGUGUUAUGGGAGUGUUUCAUAUCCUUCAGUAUUUUGGGAGAGUAGGAUUAUAGUUGACAGCCACUGUACAUUAUGGUUUUAAGCCCUUUUGAACAGUUUCUCAUACUUUAAUGUGCAUAUGACUCUCCAGGAGAUCUUGUUAAAAUGCUGGUUCUGAUUCAGUGGGUCAGGGUGGAAGCUGAGAUUUUUUUUUUUUUUUUUUUUGAGACAGCGUUUACAGCUGUUUCCCUGGGUAGAGUGCUAUGGUGUCACAGCUCACAGCAACCUCAAACUCUUGGGCUUAAGAGACUCUCUCACUUCUGCCUCCCGAGUAGCUGGGACUAUAGGCACAUGCCACAAUGCCCGGCUAUUUUUUUGUUGCAGUUGUUUUAGCUGGCCUCGGCCUGGCUGGAACCCACCAGCCUUGGUGUAUGUGGCCGGCCCCCUACCCACUGAGCUACAGGUGCCACCAGAUUUUUCUUUUUUUUUUUUUUUUGGAUUUUGGCCGGGGCUGGGUUUGAACCUGCCACCUCUGGCAUAUGGGACUGGCACCCUACUCAGUGAGCCACAGGAGCCACCAGCCACCAGAUUUUUCAUUUCAAAUUAGAUCCCAGGUGAUGCUAUUGCUGACUUUAAGAAGCAGAGAUAUAGGGAAUGUUUUUCAAUCUUUCUUAUCUCACAGCACACUUGAACCUGUAGUUAAACUUCUGCAGCACACUUAAAUUACGUUGAUCUAUAAAAAGAAUAUACUUACUGUGCUUUGAAUUUCUUUUGAAAAUAAAUUAAUGAUCUUUAAAAUUUUUCACAGGGCUCAGUGCCCCUAGCUCAAGCAGCUAAGGUACCAGCCACAUACACCAGAGCUAGCAGGUUCGAAUCCAGCCUGGGCCUGCCAAACAACAAUGACAAUGAUAACCAAAAAAUAGCCGGGCCUUGUGGUGGGGCCUGAGGCAAGAGAAUUGCUUAAGCCCAGGAGUUUGAGGUUGCUGUGAGCUGUGAUGCCACGGCACUCUACCAAGGACAACAAGUUUAGACUCUGUCUC